AUUAAUCCUAUAUAAUUGUAUAUUUUUAGUCAAAUUUUUUUAUUAUAUCCUAUAAGUGUUCGUUUCAUAAAUACUACCAUGUGCCCUGCAUUUGCUAAUCCUGAAGUCUGAAUGUUUCUUUAAAGCUCAGUCACCUUCCCUCUCUUAAGCCCAUUCUUUGCAGGCAUUUCUGAAUAAAUCUUAAUAUCCAUUUCCUUUUGUACCCAGGCAAAAGAGAAAACUAAAUCUUUUUCAUCAUCCUAGGACACAAAGAUGAAGAACAACAUAGGCAGUAACACAAAACUCAUACUCCUACAUCCUUAUAUCCAGAAACAAGGGAGCUCCAAUCGUUUAUUAUGGGUUCUUGCUUUUAUUUCAUUCUUCACUCUUGCCUUUCUUCUUACUCUUAUUUACACCAGAGAAUCCAUUACCAGUUAUACCUCUGUAGCUGCAGUCUCUUCCAUUACUGGUUCAACCAAUCCUCCAUUGUCAAACGCAGUGGUUAGGGCCCUAACGCAUUAUGCUUCAAACUCCAAUAACACUGAACAUAUGUCAUAUACAGAUAUCAAACAAAUUUCUGAUGUCCUCCGACAAUGUCAACAACCUUGUAAUCUCCUUGUUUUCGGCCUUACACACGAGACCCUUCUCUGGAAAGCCUUAAAUCACAAUGGCAGAACAGUUUUCAUCGACGAAAAUAGAUAUUAUGCUGCUUACAUUGAGGAAAAAUACCCAGGAAUUGAAGCUUACGACGUGCAGUAUACAACCAAGUUAAGUGAAAUGAAAGAGCUGAUUGCAGCAGCGAAGGAACAAGCACGAAAUGAAUGUAAGCCAGUGCAGAAUUUGUUGUUUUCCGAGUGUAAACUUGGACUUAAUGAUCUUCCUAACCAAUUCUAUGAAGUGAAUUGGGAUGUUAUUUUGGUUGAUGGACCAAGAGGGUAUUGGCCAGAGGCACCUGGUCGAAUGUCUGCUAUUUUCACUGCUGGAGUGCUGGCGCGGAGCAAGAAGAGUGGCAACCCGAAAACACAUGUUUUUGUGCAUGAUUUUAAUCAAAAAGUUGAUAGAAUUACAAGUGAAGAGUUCUUGUGUAAAGAGAAUUUGGUGAAGUCAAAGCAUAUGUUGGGGCAUUUUGUCAUAGGAAGAAUGGAUCCCAACAGCUACCACUUCUGUCGCAACCAUAUAUAACAUCACACCAGCAACUUCGGUCUUCGAUCAAUGUAUGGUAAGGUGAAGUUCAUUUCAUAAUUUAAUUAAAGAGACAUGUGUCAAGUUUUGAACAUAUUAUGCUAGAAGAAAGAGGGUCCAGAGGAGGUGUGAAAUAGCUCGAUCUGUUUUAAAUGAAUUCUUGUGUAAAUGCAAAGGCCACUGUUUGUAAAAAUCUAUGUACGUUCCCUGCGGCAAAUUGUAUAUUUUUACCUCAAUGUCAAGUGUACUAAAUUAAAGACCAAUGUAUGAUAAGGCGAAUGAAUUUCAUUA